UCCUGUCAUGUCAUUGGGUGUUCUUAGUAAAAGUAUCUUUGAAAAUAGUAAAUACGAAAUAAAAAUUGUUCUAAAUUCCUAUUCCCCAAUUCAAACAACAGGGACAGUCUUUUUAUAACUUUUUUCCACAAUCUACAAAUUGAUUGCCAUCAAAAAGCAUCAUGGAUUACGAAUUUAUGGAUGACAGUCAAGUUGUGAAGGAGCAGAGGAGCUCCUGGUUCUUCCAGAUGAUCGAUGAUUGGUUCACCUUUCAGGCAAACUUCCUGAUCAACUACGGAUGGCGAUGCCUCGGAGGGCUCAUCAUAGCUGUCAUCAUUUGGAACUGGCUGCAGCCCAAGAUCGAGGCGUGGAAGCGAGCUAGGGAAGAUGCGGCCUACCACAAGGACCCGGAUCGUGUGUUGGCACGUGAGGAGGCAGUCAGACGAGCGCGAGAGCUACAGGAACAGAAACUGAGGGCUGACUCCGCGCGCGCGGCCGAGCUGCAGAAAGAGAAAGAAGAAAAGAAGAGACGUGAAGCCCUCGAGCUACUAGAGAAGCAUGGCCGCUUAUCCGGCGGGCGGCGGCUCGGGGCCACAGAUGAUGGCUACCUGCCGCUGAGCGGCGGCUCGGGGGCGGCGGGCUCCUCGUACCGCGCGCCCAAGCGCUCGGCCUGCGGGGGCGGCGGCUGCGGCCGCUAGCCCCACAACGCCACAGCCUUACUACUUAUCAUCCGUCCCGCAUCCGAUUUGAUGAUCGCCUUAACCUUCGAGCGCCACGCCUAUCGUGGUUGAUAUCGGCGCGUCAGUUGACAUCAUUAGCGGUCAAUGGGUUAGGUAUCAUGAUACGUGUUUCUCCUACUAACUUGAGAGCUACUAAAACAUUUUAACGAUAAAUUCCGUUCAUAACAAGAAAAUACUUAAUGAGUAAAAAAAUUAAAUAGAAAAUCAUUCAAAUUGAAAACAAUUUGCUUUUGAUUCUUGAGCAAUAACGCCACACUUGAUCAUUGCAAAUUUCAUGCGAAGUUAUUGUAUUGUAAAAAAAAAACUAGUAUUAAAGGUGUAUUUGUGUAGUAUAUUUUAUUUCCAUAAAAUUUGUAGAAAACGGACCUUUGGACAUGCAACGUUGUAGUAACUUAAACAUUUGUUGGAUCUGCAAUUACCUAAGUAUAUUGUAAUGUUGUGUUAUACCUAAUAAUAUAUAAUUAAUAUUA